AGACUAGUAAAAAAAUUGAGGAGAAUCCCCCUUAAAUACAAAACAAUACGAAUGGUUUAUAAUGACUUCAUUCAUUGUUCUGCACUAUACUUAUUCUUAUUUUAGUCAUUGAGAGACAAAAACUAUAGUAACCAAUACUAUUUAAUAAGUCUGCAUUGUUAAGUUAAAAAAGGAAAAACAUUAAUAAACAAUAGAAAGUAUAAUGCAAAUAAUAUUUUUAGUAUUACUUUUAAAAGUUAUUUCUGCUCAAGAUGCAGCUCAAUGGGCUUUUUUAACAAAAUUGUCAUCACCACAAUGCAAACAAUUACCAGUGGAAGAUCCCAAGCGAUGCUGCAUUUUUCCAGAUCUGUUCGAAAUAGAAACGAAAGCGGGAUGCAGUAGUGGGAAGCAUGAAGAAGUGCAAACCUUCGCCAAUCGUGGAUCACCUGAUUGUGCAGAAAGAACUUGCUUACUCCGGAACAACGAUUUGCUGUUCGACAACGAUGAGAUUGACAAGGAUGCCGUUAAGCAGUAUUUGAACGGGUGGGUGGCGAAGAGGAGGGACUACUUGCCUGCAGUUAAUGCUGUCAAAGACAUCUGCCUUGGUAAGAAGCCUAUGCUUGGACCAAAGGAGAUGUGUGAAGCGGACAAACUACUUUUCUGCAUCACAUCUAAUUUCUAUAACAACUGUCCUAACUGGUUGGAAACCCAAGCCUGCACUGCAACACGAGCAUUUUUAGAAGGCUGCAUGCCUUAUUAUGAUUAAACAUAGUGAAUUGUAUGAAAUAUAUAAAACAGGAAUGUUAAACUUGCUAAAA